AUGCCACGUCCCGCAAGGUGCCCCUCGGCGGGGCCGCCCCGUGCCCGCCCCUGCCCGGCCCGCCGUGGUUCCGCCUCCGCCGGGCUCUCUCCGUACUGGCUGUGGCGCCGCUGGAAGAGCCGCUCGCUCUGGUGCUGGCGGAGCAGCGCGGUCUUUUGGCUCCGCCUGGUGCGGGCUCUGGCCCAGCCGCAGGCGAGGCCCCGGCCCCAAAAGAAGCCCCUGCGGCGGUUCUGCCCGCAGCCGCCCCGCUGCCGCUCAGCUCCCGCCCUGUGGCCGACAGCGUCGCCAGCAGCUUCCCCGCUCCGAGCUCCGCCUCUCGCCAGCUCGGCCGCCGGCCCCGAGCCGCCGCAGCCCGGGGCGGCUGGGCAAGCAGCAGCGCGCCGGGCGGGCGGGUGCCCCGGGCAGAAGAGCGGGAGCGCGGUGCCGCCCGCACGGGCGGAGAAGCCUCCCCUAGAGCAGCUCUACCGGGAGGGUCCGCUGCUGGGCAGCGGCGGCUUCGGCAGCGUUUACUCCGGGACCCGGCUCGCCGACGGCGCCCCGGUGGCCAUCAAGCGAGUGUCCCGGGACCGCAUCUCGGAGUGGGCGCGGCUGCAGAACGGCGCCCUUGUGCCCCUGGAGCUGGCGCUGCUGUGGAUGGUGUCGCGGCCUGGCUCCCGCGGCGUCGUGCGGCUCCUGGACUGGUUCGAGGUGCCCGAGGGCUUCGCGCUGGUCAUGGAGCGUCCGGAGCGCUGUCAGGACCUCUGGUACUUCCUGGACGAGCGGCGGUUCCUGACGGAGCCCGUGGCGCGGGGGCUGUUCCGCCAGGUGCUGGAGGCCGUGCGGCACUGCAGCAGCUGCGGCGUCCUGCACCGCGACAUCAAGGCCGAGAACGUCCUCGUGGACCUGGCUACGGGCGAGGCGAAGCUCAUUGACUUCGGGUGUGGCACGAUCCUCCAGGACACAUUCUACACCCAGAUGUCAGGAACGCCGGAGUACAGCCCACCGGAAUGGAUCCUCUUUGGCUGCUACCAUGGCCAGCCAGCCACCAUCUGGUCUCUGGGCAUCCUGCUCUAUGAGCUGGUCUGUGGGCACCUUCCUUUCCACACCAAGGAGGACAUUGUCCGGGGCCAGCUCUGCUUCCCCGCCUGGGUGUCUCAAGAGUGCCAGCACCUCAUC